AGAUUACUAGACUGUGUCUUGUAGUAAAAUUUAUUAUUUGAAUGGGGUUACUUGAGUUCGACGGUGAACCUUUAUCAUGGCAGCAGUUGCAGCCUUAUGUAGAACAUGUAAAAUCACAUGGAAUUCAACAGUUCUUGCACAACUACAACCGUCUUAUGAAACGACCAGGUGAUAUGUUGAAAUGGGGUGAUGAGGUGGAAUACAUGAUUCUAAAGUUUGACCACAAGAAUAAAAAGGUCCAACUUUCACUUCGAGGGGAAGAACUGUGUGAAAUACUGCAGGAAAAGGAGAGAAAAAAAAUGAAAAAUCUAACAUCACUGUGGAGACCUGAAUAUGCAAGUUAUAUGGUGGAGGGUACGCCUGGUGUUCCAUACCUUGGUUAUAUGGCUCAGUUUAAUGUGGUUGAGGGCAACAUGAGGAUGAGGAGAAAAGAAGUUCAGGAACUUUUAAACGAGGAUGAACAGAUAAUGAGCCUCACUGUAUUUCCAAGGUUGGGCUGCGUUAACUUCACCCACCCCGCAUAUGACAUCACGGGGCCGGAAUCGAACCCUGUGUCUCGAUCUUUAUAUUUUCCAGACCAAGCUAUCACCAGCCACCCUAGAUUUCCGUCUUUAACACGCAACAUUCGUUUGCGAAGAGGAAAGAAAGUGGCAAUCAACAUUCCAAUUUUCAAAGACAAAAACACACCUUCCCCCUUCAUCGAGCAAAUAAAUGACCCAGAGUCUGCAGCUGGUGCCAAACCAGACCACAUAUACAUGGAUUGCAUGGGCUUCGGAAUGGGCAACUCCUGCCUUCAGCUUACUUUUCAAGCUUGUAACAUAGAGGAGGCUAAACUUCUUUAUGACCAUCUCGCCCCCGUUUGUCCCAUUAUGUUGGCCCUGAGUGCAGCAUCCCCAUUAUACAAAGGAUAUAUAGCCGACAUCGAUGCACGAUGGCAAGUUAUCGCGGGAAGUGUCGAUGACAGAACUAGCGAAGAGUUGGGCUUGGAACCACUUAAGCAUAACAAACAAGUUAUCCGCAAGUCAAGAUAUGAUUCAAUUGAUAGUUACCUUUCUUCAAAUUCAAAAAUAUUUAACGAUAUUAAUGUGGAGGUAAAUCAAGAGGCAAAGUCAACUUUACUCAAUGCAGGUAUCGACGAACUUCUCGCGCAACACAUCGCCCACUUGUGGAUACGCGACCCGUUAACUUUGUUCUCGAAAAAGAUCGACCUCGACGACGAGAACGAGGCAGAUCACUUUGAGAACAUCCAGUCCACCAACUGGCAGUCGAUGCGGUUCAAACCUCCUCCUCCGGGAUCUUCUAUUGGGUGGAGAGUCGAGUUCCGAGUUUGUGAAGCUCAACUCACCGACUUCGAAAACGCAGCAUUUGUUGUUUUCAUCGUUCUUCUAACUCGUGUCAUUCUUACUUAUAAACUUGACUUUCUAAUGCCACUCUCUCAUGUUGACAGUAACAUGGAGAAGUCACAGAAAAAUAAUGCGAUCCUUAAAGAAAAGUUUUACUUCAGAAAGAAUGUGAAUACGAGUCGAUCCCCUGCAUGUUGCACACAGCUUUGCUCUUUCAAUGGGAAGUCUAAUGAUAAUAACCCCGCAAAGUGUGCAGAAAAUGAUCAUUCUGAUUGCUGUGCAGAAAUGACCAUAGACACCAUCAUUAAUGGAAAGGAAGACGUGUUCCCGGGAUUCAUCCCGCUCAUCCGAAGAUACCUUGAUAGUGUGGAGGUUGGAGUGGAAGCAAGAUGCAGCAUCUCUGAGUAUCUUAACCUCAUAGGGAAGAGAGCAUCUGGAGAAUACAUGAGUGCAGCCCAGUGGAUUCGACACUUUGUCACUAACCACCCUGAGUAUAAACAAGACUCCGUCGUCACUGAUUCCAUCGCUUACGACCUUCUUGUUCGCUGUGACCAGAUUGAGAAAGGAGAAGUGAAAUGCCACCAGCUGUUCGGCAUGCCGCGCCACAAGAGCGAAUACAUCCAGGCAAACAAAGAUCCCAUGAACGGUUCCUGAAACCUUUUGUUUCUAAGGUUUCACUUGCACUUACAAAAAUGUUCUUUUACCGACAAUUUUUUAGAAAUCAUGAUAUUACCCCCUAGCUCCCCCCACAUGCAAUAUAGGUAAUUAAUUUAUUAUCUCACAACCGCCGCCUAAUUAGUUUGCAUGGUUAGCGUAGCACUGAAAAAGUGGUCAAGCAUUAAAGUUACCCCAAAAACAUUUUUUUCUGACAUAUCUGGUAUAUAAAACACACUUUUGUUUCAGUGUUUUAUCAGAAUUUAAAGUCUUGCAAAUGGCAAAGGAAACAUUGGAAAAAAAUUAACUUUUAUUAAAUCAGAUAAGCCGAAAAAAAUAUUAUUUACAUUAUGCCUGGUAGAAGAAGUGAGAGACGAUCUCUUGACAAAACACGAAAUGCAAAAUACGAUUGUGUCAUGCCUUCGUGUUUGUCUCAAUCAACUUCAAGAUGUAAAAUAAUCAAUUGCCAGAUAGUUAUGCAUGACUGCCGCUCAUACUGUUUCUUGUAGUAUAUUCUGCAUUCCAAACUAACUGUUUAUUACAAAAUAUUACAAAUAUUGAAAUAUUACAAAAAUCUCCACAAUUAAUACUUUUUUAACCGUUACUUAAUAAACUUUUUGGCUGUAAUUUAACCACUUUAAAAAAAAUUAAAUUUAUAACUUUCUGGCUUUGUGCUUAUACUUCAUUAGUUUUUUGCGGUCUUUCCAUAUAGUGUAACAGUAAACUGUGUCCUAUCUGGUGGUAGCAAUGACGAUGUAUGACCUCAAUUGUAAGAACAUAUUGGAAGAAAACAAUGUUCUGGCGUUUAUUUUAAAUUCCACAGUUAUUGGGAAUUAACUACAGCGAGAGCACUCCCAGAUGAAAAAGUGUUUUCAUUCAAAAAUGUAAACCAUCAAAAGGCUGUAGGCUUACUUAUAUAUAUGUUGCAUUAAUGCAUUCUGAAGUU